AUGUGCUCUCCCCACCCGCUGCUGCGCUCGUCGAUGGACGCGCCGGGCUUAGCAUCGCCCAUUCUCUUCUCCUCGCUGUCGCUGUCGCUGCCGGUGACGGUGACGGUGACAAUUGGGCUCGGCGGCAGUGUAGACGACGUCCUUCUCGACGACGGGCGCACGGUGCGUCUGCGAUUUAUCCGUCGCCACGAGCAGCUCUUCACGCCUCCCUCAUCAGACGGCCUUUUCAGCGCCGAAGUAACGGCGGGGUCUGGUCUCGGUGCAGCCUUCCAACUACAGGAGAUCCGGGUCAGGGUGUAUGCAACGCACACGCGCGACACGGGACACGCUAUGGCAGACCAGAUCGCGUUCAAUAUCAUUUCGACUCGGAUUCGUGCCGCGCAGGCUACGUCACUCUGCGCCAACCUCUAAUACACAACCGUCAUUCACCCUCAGGCUCGAGCGACAGCGCGUUAUCCUCCAACGGCCCGCGACCCACUUGUGCAUUCCAAUUUCCUGCGCGAAGCUCCGAAUACACACCAUCCCUUCUUCAAAUCCCCACUUUCUCCCAUUUGGUAUCUGUCGUCCUUCUCACCCUCCAAGGCUCCAAUUGGGACACUAUUGCGGCCGGAAGCAUCUACAGCAAUAUCACUGCCAGGCUUAAUUCCCUUGCCCUUGCUGAUUUCUUCGGCUCGCCUUCUUCCGGUUCUACGCAGACUCGGACUGCCUUCGAUAAGCGGUCUGCCCAAGUCAAUGGUCGAUUGUGGCAUGAUAUCGGGGGGUGCGGAUCAUGCGAGGGAGGUAUCGACCGUAAUAAGCGGUGUUGCUCGAUGCAGAAAGUGAAGAACAGCUAUUCCGAAUGA